AUGGCGGCCCCGGAACAGAACUUCUCUGGAGCAUUGGCAACCUGGAAGGAUAUUAAUCUCUCUGAGCUGCAAAAGACACUCGAUGCCCAGGGCAUAGAACUUGUCGAGAACCAGAAGGAGAGCGUAGUAGGGCGUAAAGCCCUUGCAGAUCGGACCAAGGAGUUCAAGAAGAUGUCGGAUGAAGAGAAGCUCACAGCCUACAAGGGUUUGUUGAAAGCAUACCAGACCGAGAUAGACAGUCUCACAAAACGGUCAAAGACCGCGGAGAAUGCCUUCUUGAAUGUGUACAAGGUUCUCGCCGAAGCUCCGGACCCUUACCCUCUCCUUGAGGCUGCUGUGGACCAAACUGUCAAGGUGGCAGAGGCCCGUGAACUUGAAGCUGAGUUGCAGCGCGCCCGGGAAGAGAACGCCGAGCUGCGGAAACGCUUGAAUGAAAAUACAUCUCUCGAGAACGCGAAGAAGAAGGCCGACUCGCGUGUGGAGCAACUUGAACAGAAGAUGGAUGACCUCAUUCAAGAGAAGGUCAACCAAAAGGAGAAUGAAUUGAACGCCACGUACGAUGAGAAGAUGCGGAACUACGAGGAGCGAGAGCAAGAUCUCCAACGCCAGCUCGCCCUGACGAAGAAUCAGCUGCGCGAUCUCAGGAUGUCGCAUGACUCCAAUCAGGCGAAGCUGCUCGACCACACUCAGCGCCAAGAUCACGAAACUGUGGCUAAGCUCGCGGAGCUGGACAUGAUGGUGGCAGACUUGGAACAUGCGAACAGUCGUGUGGCUACAGUUGAACGCCGGAACGAACUGCUGCGUGCCGAGAUCGAGGCUAUGAAAAGUGGUCAUGAGGGUACAGCUCAGAUCAAGGAAUACGAAUCCAAGAUUGCUGAUCUCGAGUCUGAGACCGAUCGCUUGUCCCAAGCGCUGGAGGUGCAGAAAACUGCCACGGGGACCGCGCAAGCAGCUGCAACAAGAAAGUCCGCUGAAGUCGAUCAGCUGAAAACCAAACUGAAACAAUUCGCAGACUACGAUGAGAUCAAGCGUGAGCUUGACAUCAUGAAAUACGUCGAGUUCGCCGGGCUUGAAGGUGACGACGAUGUAGACGACAUCACCUUGAACGGCGAUGCCCUUGGUCUGCAUUUACCUAGCCCAAACCCCAAUUCUACCAGCAUGCGCGCGCAGCAGGGUAAAUCUCUCGAGGUUCUUCUAGCGACAAAGAACAAGAGGAUUCUGGAAGAGCUGACCAGGUUCCGAGUUUUGCACGGAGAGCUCGAGACCGCCUUGCAGUCUGUGCAGUCUCAACUCGACGCAACAGAAUCCGAGUUGGAGAGGCAGCGCACCCUCAACGAGAAGCUCGAAACCGACCUGCUGCAUAUGGACCAGCGGAAGGGCGACAGUGGGAUCAACGGCGGCGUCGCACCUGCCAACGGCUCGUCAACAUCUGACGUGUUGGCGGACCUCGAUUUAGGCAGGAAGAACGUAGGUUAUGCUGCUGCUUCCGACUCUUUGACUCGGAGCACUCCGAUUCCAUUCGCACCUUCAGCAGAUACAUCCAUCCUGCCCAUUGUGACCAGCCAGCGAGAUCGCUUCAGACAACGAAACGCCGAAUUGGAAGAGGAAUUGCGGAAACAAUUCAACAUCAUCUCCGAGCUCCGAGCGGAGGUCAAAAGCUUGCAAGCCGACAACCUCAAAUUAUACGAAAAGGUUCGCUACAUGCAGAGCUACCGCGAAGAUGUUUCCACGCGGCCGUCUACGCUUGAUCCAAUCCCGUCGAAUGUGGCAGGCCGCUCUGACGAUAUGAGCAAGUAUCGAGCAAGAUAUGAGGAAGCUAUGAAUCCGUUCCAGGCUUUCCGCGGCCGAGAAGCGACGCGAGCAUACGAGUCGCUCAACGUGCUAGAGAGAGGCGCACUCGUCCUCACACGCGCGAUCCUUGGCAACCGGCGAACGAGAACAGCGUUCAUAUUAUACGCCAUUGCGUUGCACCUACUCGUUGUGUUCACCCUCUAUGAGUGCUCGAGCUCAUCAAGCUCAAAGUUAGAACGGAAACCAAGCCCAUAUGGUGGUUGA